UCGGCAACAGCAGCAGCACCACAGGCGACAACGACGAAGCGAACGUUGCCGUUUGUGUGGUUGAAGGCGAGCGAGGAGAAGGGCAAGUAGGGGAACAAUACAGGCGCACGUGAGUGUGGUUGUGCGUGAGUGAGGAUGAGCGACCGGAUAGAGGGCACAGGAGAUGCUGGGCUGUCGAAGGCGCGGCUGGCAAGGCUGCCAUCCCACUUGAGGUCAAGAUUGGGUGAACCCGGUGCGAAAGGGGACAGCAGCAAUGGGAAAGGACGACGAUACCGUGACGAUGGAAGCGGCGGCAACACCAGCACCAGCACAAGCAGUGGUGGUGGCAGUAGUCGGGGCAGGGGUGGCUCUGACGGUCGCACACGAUUGCACGAGGGUGGCAGUGGCGGCUCUCGAAGGCGAGGCGCACGAGGGCAGUUCAGAGACACGCUGGGGGACGAUGAUGAGGAUGAUACGACGACGGCGGCGCUGCUGGCAUCUGCAGAGCGGCAACGGCAACAGCGCAGACGCCAAGACAAGACUGGUCGUCGGGGCACCAGCUCCUCAUCCCGCUCAUCUCGCACCACCACUGCAACAGCGGCCGGUGAAAGCGGCAGCAGCAGAAGCAAGCGAGACUCGCGCGACCGGCGCGCUGAGGCCAGCAGAGACGACCGCAGCCACCGCAGGGAACGAGCACCAGCGGCCAGCAGCACGAGUGGCAGCGGCAGCACGAGUGGUAGCGACACCAAGCCAGCGCCAAGUAAGAGCAAGGACAGUAGCAGCGAUGAUGCGGCUGCGCGGCUGGUGGCCAUGCUGGUCAAGCGAUCCUCUGCCAAGCCAUCGCCCACACCCACCCCUGGGGUGCUCAGCGGGAAACAGAGCACCAAGCAGAGCGCAAGGCAAAGCGCGAAACAGAGCGCGCGACAGAGCGCGCGACAGAGUGCGACGUCGUCGCCAACACCGGCUGCAACAGACAAGCUGGCGGCCAAGCUGACUGAGCGCGGUGCCACCACACCCCCUGCAGCCGACGACAGGGCACACGCGCGAAAGCAGGCAACACCAGAACACGCCGCCCGACACGCAAGGGAGGCAACACCUGAAGGCGUGCCUGGCGACACGACAGCACCAGCAACAACAACAACAACAACAGCAACAACAGCAGCAGCAGCCACCGCUGUGACAACACCACCAACGGAAGUAUUGUCAGCGGCCAUGGACGUGAGCGCAGAUAGUGCACGUGCCAGCACACCGACCGACACAAACGCAACGCCGCCCGGCACACCACCAUCAGGGCCGCAGACGACAGCAGGGGAUGCAGAGAGGGGAGGAGGAGCCAAGCGACGCGUCCCACCGGGCGGUGCAGUGGAGGAGGGCGACGGUACCCCGGAUAUGAAGCGCGCUGCGACGACUGCUGACGACGAGGAUGACACGCCGACGCGGAGGGAGCGGCAGUACAUGGACGAAAAGGUGGAGAAGGAGGUGGAAAGGAAGGAGGGGAGGCAGCGAGGCAAAGAACUAGAUGGAGGGGGGCGCAGUGGUGACGGCGGGGCAGCAGUGACAAGGGAACAGCACAGCGACGCGACGGUAACCACUGCAGCUGCUGCUGUGAGUGAGGAGGUGAUGGUGCAUGAUCCACUGGAUGCGUUUGACAGCGAUAUGCAUGAGGAAGCACCCGAAAUCUAUUUUCCAGCAGAGAAGGGAUGCAGGAGCAUUGAUGUGUACGAGCGACUGAACAUGAUUGACGAAGGAACAUAUGGUGUUGUCUUUCGUGUUAAAGACACCAGCACAGGUGAAGUGCUGGCUGUGAAGAGACUGAAGAUGGAAGCAGAGCGAGAGGGGUUUCCAAUCACAUCUCUCCGCGAAAUCAACACGCUCCUCAAGGCGAAGCACGAGAAUGUGGUGAAUGUGAAGGAGAUUGUAACGGGCCACACCAUGAACGACAUCUUCAUCUGCAUGGAGUUUGUCGAACACGACCUCAAGACGGGCAAUGAAGGUGUCACCGUACACUAG